AGUGAUUUUUACAUAAUGGCUCUUUAUGAAAGUCAAAGACUGAAGCAGAAGGGGGUGAACUUUUUUUUUUUUAAGCUUUGCUUUCUCUGCAAAUCCCUUUAGGACCUUAGUGGUUGCAGUCCUUUUUCACAAAUCAAAUCACUCACAGUUGUAGUGAUGCGAUGGAUGCAGUGUUUAAGGUUGGCUGCGCGAGCAGUUGUCCGAGGUUUUCCACUGAAACGUCAGAUGCACCUCAGUGUUUGGUCACCGGUUAUUUCGGAGCCUGUGAUCCUCCCGGCCAUGCGUCCUGACGUCAAUUUAUAAGGACCUAGCGGUGCAGAGCCGGGGCGGCGGGCAGAUAACACGAGCUGAAGGAAAGAAAGAAAGAAAGAAAGAAAGAAAGAAAGAAAGAAAGAAAGAGAAGCCGGGCCAUGUUGAUCUGAUAUUCUCCAUUAAUUGCUGAGAAUUCUGUGACUGACCACGGCCAGAGUUGAAUAGGAGGUGUGGGGUCCCAGUCCCGAGUGUAUGCCUGUGCACAGCGAUGGGGAAGGACUACUACAAGACCCUGGGCAUCCCCAAGGGUUCCAAUGAGGAGGAGAUCAAGAAGGCCUACCGACGCAUGGCGCUCCGCUUCCACCCUGACAAGAACAAGGACGCCAACGCAGAGGAGAAGUUCAAGGAAAUUGCAGAGGCCUACGAGGUUCUCAGCGACCCCAAGAAGAGGGUCGUCUAUGAUCAGCUGGGAGAGGAAGGUUUGAAGACAGGAGGCAGCAGCUCUUCAGGUGCUCCUGGCAGCUCGACGUACCACUACACCUUCCACGGAGACCCCCAUGCCACCUUUGCCUCCUUCUUUGGCGGCUCCAACCCCUUCGACAUGUUUUUUGGCUCCAACCGCAGCCACAACCGCUCCAAUGGUUUCCCCUUCCACAAUGAUCACAGCAAUGACGCUGAGCAGGACAUGGACAUGGAUGAGGAUGACCCCUUCGCUCACUUCGGAAGACAGUUUGGCUUUCCGGGUGGGAUGAACAACGGCUUCCCGGGAGAGGGCCGCAGGAGGAGGGGGGUGCCGUCAGAGCGCCUGGGGACUGGCCGAAAGCAGCAAGACCCUCCGGUGGUCCACGAGCUGAAGGUCUCGCUGGAAGAGAUCUUCCACGGCUGCACCAAGCGCAUGAAGAUCACCCGCCGCAGGCUGAACCCGGACGGGCGGAGCAUGAGGACGGAGGACAAGAUCCUCAACAUUGUCAUCAAGAAGGGCUGGAAGGAAGGGACCAAGAUCACCUUCCCUAAGGAGGGGGAUGAGACCCCUGAGAACAUUCCUGCCGACAUAGCCUUUGUACUUAAAGACAAAGGGCACAUCCACUUCAAGAGAGACGGUUCCAAUAUCAUUUAUAACUGCAAGAUCAGUCUGAAAGAGGCGUUGUGUGGCUGCACAGUUAGCAUUCCCACGCUGGAAAACCGUGUCAUCUCUCUUCCCUGUCAUGACAUCAUCAAGCCGGGGACGGUGAAGCGACUCAGAGGGGAAGGCCUGCCUUUCCCCAAGAACCCGUCACAGCGCGGUGAUCUCAUCGUGGAGUUUUCGGUCCGUUUUCCCGACAGGAUCCCCCCUCAGUCCAGAGAGAUUAUCAGACAACACCUGCCACAGUCAUAGGUAGACUCACCUCCAGCCCCUCCACCACCACACACUCCAGACUAAACCCUGAAAAACAACCCUUAAUAAUCCAUCAUCAACUCCUACCUUAUAUUUUGACCCUUAUUGUAAUUAACCUUCCCAUGUCCUGUGUUAAUGCCCACAGUUUUAAACAGACACUGUGUUUUGUAGGGACGUCACAGUGGGAGGAGGAAGGAAGAAUGCCUACACAAAUGGCUUUAUCGGGAUGAAAUUAUUUGUUUGUUUUGUCUUUUGGCCCAAGCACAUACACAAGCACCCGAGCAGUGGAGCGGUGCUGAGGAUGGGCUCAGCACAAUUGUGGCUUUGACCGGAACUUCUUUUCUUAACUCUGUUUUUUACGGAUUUAUCAGUGGUUUUAUAUGCUGUCCAACUCUCUGAUCCUCGUCUUUUUGUGAUAGGAUGAAGUGUGAGAUAUUUUUUAAAAAGAAACAUUUUUUCCAGGAUUUCCUUUUCCAAAGGAGGUUUCAAAUAGGAUUAUUUAUUUUUACCUUGAGUGUACCAGCAGCUUCAGUGUGUUCAGUGCAAACCCCAGUUUUAGCACAACUCUCCCACUGCCACCUGCUUUUCUCAUGCUUUCAGUCUAAUAAAGCAUCGUGCUUGAAGUCUGUAGGCCGUUUACCUUUUAGUAUGAUCUGUUUCCCCCAUAAUCCGUUGUAUUUUGUGCCACAAUGCACUUAAAAGUCCUGCAUUACUCCAAACAGUAAUAGCAUAUCUCAGCUGCAUUGGAAAAUCUGAGAAUGACAAUCAAAUACUGUAACAGCAGUGUCGGAUAAUACAAUCUGCACAUAAUAUGGGUGCUUCCCCAUCUGAGCUGUGUGGCUGCUCUGAACUGAAUAGCCUGGCUCGAUAUCUGAGGAACAUUUAGGUGCCUUAGCCCGGUGUCGUACCACAUAUCGUCACCUUCCUAAAAUAAUGGCCUAAGUCAUGUUUUGACAAAAAUGUUUUUUUUGCCUAAAUCACCCCCUCAUGAUGCUGGCCACCUCUGGUAAAAUCGCCUGAAUCCUCAGUUGAGGGGAACAUGCAAUUCUACCCCCGGUUGUAUAAUGGCCUAUGUCAAAAGUGUGACUCUUUUGUUGAGUUUUUUGUGUUUCCUGAAAAACCUCAAAAAAUGACUUAGGCCAUUAUUUUAAGAGGGUGUCGAUAUGUAAACAAACACACACACAAACACACACACAUAAUCACACACGCACGCACACGCAGAUGCACAUGCACAUAUAUACAACCAGCCAUGUUAAGUGCACAACAGACGAUGCCCUAUGCUCUGUUAGACGUGACCGUUGGGACAUUGGGAGCUGGUAAUCUUGGAAAAACAUGAAGUAAGCAAUGUAAAAUCAACCAACACAUGGUACUGUAUGUAAGCAAGGACUUAUAUUUUUAGGGAGAGAUCUGAUACAAGACUGAAGAAUUUUGCCAAUACAUCCCUGUAAAGUGCCAUACAAGUACAGGUUUGAUUUCCCAGAGGAAUGUAAGCAUGAAGUUAAGCUGAAGUAGUUGACAUUCCUCUGGGAAACCCAGCUCUGUUGUGUGUAUAUAUAUAUACUGCUUUCUCUUGUGCCAUCUGAAGGCCGUGUCUUGGUGCUACUGUGAGCAGUGCCAAAAAUAGACCACCGUGGUGUCUACUUUUUGGUUUAAUGGAGUCCUCAGUUUGUGAUUUGAUAACUGCUUCUGUUCUCUGUAACAUCUUUACAUCGAACGUUACGUCUGUUUUUUUCAAGUAGAAAACCCUGUUUAGGAAACAGGUUUUGUGAUAUUGCAGCAGCUGCUCUCUGUCUCAGCUGCAGGGGGCUCUGAAAGCUUGCUUCAGCUCUUCCUCCUGUAGUUUACAGCAAUGAUAAGAUGUAUGUAUGAGUAUGGUUUAUGUAGACAGCCCUAGUAGGUCAUAUAUAUCAUGUGUAUGGGAAAAUGUUUGAAUGCAACAUGUUUAAAAAUGCACUUUUUAUGUCAUUAAAGAUACUGACAAAAAACUAUGAGAUGAUGAGAGACUUGAAUGAUGUGUCUGAGUGUGUGAGCGUCCUGCCUCUCAGAGCCUUAGAGGAUGCUGAACUGUGGCUACAACCAGAAUGCACAUGUGUUGCUGCUGAAAGACUCACUGUCACUGCUUAUGUGCAUUUGACAAUAUUUAUGAUCUUUUCAAAAUUGGAGAUAAAUAAACCAAAUGUGUGAAGUUAA